CCAGAGGCAGAAACUCCCAGCCUGAAGAGAGACGAGGAAACAAAACCAAAGCCAAAAGAACAGACAGAGUUUGUACUCAGAUUGUACUCAGUAGAUGAGAGCCAGCUGUUUUGUCUUAGCCAAAGCGGAUUGUAGAGAUACUUGGGAUACUUUUAUGGGUGCUUUAGAGUUUGUUUCUCUACCUUUGGGCAGUACAAAGGUAUGAGUGAGAAAAGUGGGAUGGUCAGAGCAAUGGGAGGAGCUGCAGGGUUCUCCAUGUAUGGACUCCAGCUCUUUUCAUAUGGUAAAUAGAGGGUCACAUGGGGCAAUAGUCUUGGAGCAGUGGGGGUAAAAAGGAGGGAAAGGAACAAGGAGAGAGAGAGUGAAGACACGCAUUGCAGGACUUUGGCCUGCCUCACGUGCAGGAGGCAGCACUUUCACCCUGAGUUUAGAGGACACUGGAUCACAAUACAAAGAGAAAGGAAAGACAACAGUUGGAGCGAGUGUUGUGGUCCAUCUGAAGCCUGGCUCUCCACAGUGGGGCCCUAUGUCUUCCACUUGACUUCCUUUGGAUGUUUUUUUUUCUUUCCUGUGGGGGUGAAAGUUCAGCAGAGAGCGCCUUCCUAGCUGUCAUCACUGGACUCCUCUUCGUACUUUAUUCCGGACAACUGAGGAGCCGAGAUGCCCACAAACUUCACUGUAGUGCCAGUGGAGGACGUGGAGGGUGGCAGCAACAGCGCGGCUGCAGCUGGAGGCAGCAAACCGGCCCGUGUGGGCAAACGUUUUGACGACGAAGAGAAUGACGACAACUCACAAGGACCCCACUCAGGAGAUGACAGUCAGAGAGAGUCCAGUCCAUUCAUCAACUCAGACGAUGACGGAGAACACUAUUAUGAAGGCAAGAACAUGGCCCUGUUUGAGGAGGAAAUGGACAGUCACCCCAUGGUGUCAUCUCUUCUCAACAAGCUGGCUAACUACACCAACCUGACCCAGGGCGUUCGCGAGCACGAGGAGGCCGAGAACGAGGACGGGGUCAGGAGGGUCACUGUCGUUGUCCCCCAGAUGGGAACCUUCAUCGGAGUUUACCUGCCCUGCAUGCAGAACAUCCUGGGUGUGAUCCUCUUUCUGCGUCUCACCUGGAUCGUCGGCACCGCAGGAAUCCUGGGAUCCUUCGCCAUCGUCUCCAUGUGCUGCAUCUGUACCCUGCUCACAGCCAUAUCAAUGAGCGCCAUAGCAACCAAUGGAGUCGUCCCAGCCGGAGGCUCGUACUACAUGAUCUCCAGAUCACUGGGUCCAGAGUUUGGAGGAGCAGUGGGUCUGUGCUUCUACCUCGGAACCACGUUUGCUGGAUCCUUGUACAUACUGGGCACCAUAGAGAUUCUACUGACGUACAUCGUUCCAACAGCGACGCUGUUUAAAGAAGGCGAAGGUGCGGCGAUGCUCAAUGACAUGCGCGUCUACGGCACAUGCUGCCUGCUCCUGAUGGCGCUGGUAGUGUUUGUGGGGGUGAAGUACGUGAACAAACUGGCUCUGGUGUUUCUGGCCUGUGUGGUUCUCUCAAUCAUGGCCACUUAUGCAGGAGUCAUCAAGACGCUCAUCGAACCGCCGGAGUUCAGUGUCUGUCUGUUGGGAAACCGAUCUCUGAUGAAUAAACAGUUUGAAACAUGCGCAAAGAUGCAGGUCGUGAAAAACAACACAGUGACCACCGAGCUGUGGAGCAUCUUCUGCAGCAGUGAAUAUCCCAACGCAACCUGUGACGAAUACUUCACCUUGAACAACCUGACAGAGACGCAGGCCAUACCCGGGCUCCUGAGCGGCGUUAUCAAAGACAACCUGUGGGGCAACUACGGCCCAGCUGGUACGUUCAUAGAGAAGAAAAGCCAGAAUUCAGUCCAGGUCCAGGACACGCCUACAGACAAGCUGAGGCCCUACGUCAUCAAUGACCUCACCACCUACUUCACUCUGCUGGUGGGAAUAUACUUCCCCUCAGUCACAGGCAUAAUGGCUGGUUCAAAUAGGUCUGGUGAUCUCAGAGAUGCCCAGAGGUCCAUCCCAAUCGGAACCAUAAUGGCUAUUCUCACCACCUCUUUCAUCUACAUCUCCUGUGUGGUCUUGUUUGGAGCCUGUAUUGAAGGAGUGGUGCUGCGAGACAAGUUUGGCUACUCUGUAAAGAAGAACCCGGUGAUUGGUAUUCUGGCCUGGCCGUCACCCUGGGUGAUUGUGAUUGGCUCGUUUUUCUCAUGCUGCGGGGCGGGGCUCCAGAGCCUCACUGGCGCCCCCCGGCUGUUGCAGGCCAUCGCCAGGGAUGGCAUCAUCCCGUUCUUACAGGUCUUUGGUCAUGGGAAGGCCAAUGGUGAGCCCACCUGGGCUCUGCUGCUGACAGUAGGGAUCUGUGAGAUAGGAAUCCUCAUCGCCUCCCUCGAUGCCGUGGCCCCCAUCCUCUCCAUGUUUUUCCUCAUGUGCUACCUGUUUGUUAACCUGGCCUGUGCUGUUCAGACUUUGCUCCGUACCCCCAACUGGAGACCCCGUUUCAAGUUCUAUCACUGGACCCUGUCCUUCUUAGGGAUGAGUCUAUGCCUCUCACUCAUGUUCAUCUCCUCCUGGUACUACGCUCUGGUUGCCAUGGUGAUAGCUGGCUGUAUCUACAAGUAUAUUGAGUACAGAGGGGCAGUGAAGGAGUGGGGAGACGGGAUCAGAGGUCUGUCCUUAAACGCAGCACGCUAUGCUCUCAUCAGACUGGAGGAAGCACCUCUGCACACCAAAAACUGGAGGCCGCAGCUGUUGGUGUUGUGUAAGUUGGACUCAGACCUGGCAGUGAAACACCCUCGUCUCCUGUCCUUCACUACGCAGCUCAAAGCAGGAAAGGGACUGACCAUCAUCUCUUCGGUCCUGGAGGGAACCUACAUGACUCGGGGGAGUGAUGUCAAGACUGGAGAGCAGAACUUGAAAGCAGCCAUGGCCGCCGAGCGCAUGAAGGGUUUCUCCCAUGUGGUGGUGUCGUCCAACCUGCGAGACGGUUUCUCCCUGCUCAUCCAGUCAGCAGGACUGGGAGGAAUGAAACACAACGCUGUCCUGAUGGCCUGGCCGGCAGGUUGGAAACAAGCCCGGGAUUUAACCGCCAGGAGGAACUUCAUAGAAACAGUGAGGGAGACGACGGCAGCUCAUCAGGCUCUGCUGGUUGCUAAGAACAUCGACCAUUUCCCCAGCAACCAGGAGCGUCUGAAGGAGGGAACCAUUGAUGUGUGGUGGAUCGUACAUGAUGGUGGACUGCUCAUGCUGCUGCCCUUUUUACUGAGUCAACACAAGGUAUGGAGGAAGUGUAAAAUGCGAAUCUUCACCGUGGCCCAGAUGGACGACAACUCCAUCCAGAUGAAGAAAGACCUCCAGGUGUUUCUCUACCAUCUACGCCUGGAUGCAGAGGUGGAGGUGGUGGAGAUGCAUGACAGUGACAUCUCAGCCUUCACCUAUGAGAAGACGCUGGUGAUGGAGCAGAGGUCUCAGAUGCUCAAACAGAUGCAGCUGUCCCGCACCGAGAGGGAGAGAGAGAUUCAGAGCAUCACAGACGUAUCGCGCAGCUCCAUAAAGCGGAAGAAGUCGCCGGUUGUUUUCUUCAACACCCCGUGCAUACCAGAGGAUGAGGUAGCCGCAGCAACCAAACAGCCCGCCCAGCUGAUCCACGACCGAAACACAGCGUCUCAUUCUACAACGAAUGACAAGGCAGCAGGGGCCGCGCCGGAUCGCGUCCACAUGACCUGGACCAAAGACAAGCUGAUCCACGAGAGGAACAGACACAGAGAAAGCAUGGGAGUCAAAGACAUGUUCAGUAUGAAGCCUGAGUGGGAGAAUCUCAACCAGUCCAACGUGCGCAGGAUGCACACGGCUGUGAAGCUGAACGACGUGGUGGUCAAGAAAUCCCAGAGUUCACAGCUGGUGUUGCUCAACAUGCCAGGUCCGCCGAAGAACAAGAAAGGGGAUGAGAACUAUAUGGAGUUCCUGGAGGUCCUGAUGGAUGGCCUCGACCGCGUCCUGCUGGUUCGUGGAGGAGGUCGGGAGGUCAUUACCAUCUACUCCUAGCAUCAAGCGGUUCAUAACUGUUUGGGAGGGUACUGGAAGGAAACUGCUCUGGACAGUAGGACACCAGAGAGCAGGGGUUGACGGAGGAGGGUCAUGACUUUGAGAUGGGACACGGACAAAGAUGUGGGAAAGAGGAAGUGCAGUGCACCCCCCCUCUCACACUGUCAGGAGAAACGAGCAACACUGCCACUAAUGUUUUGGAGGACCAUGGUUGCUGGGAAGGACAGGGGAGUCUACCUGCUGCACAGCCUGAACUCAGUGCAUCAUCUAGGGGCACAGAGGUGCUCUCUACACCCUCUCCUCCUGGAACUCCACCACAUCUAUACGAACUGUGUGGCUGCACUGUGGAAAAAAUCUUUCCUCAGAUAAACUGUGUUUCCUGAAAGAGUUGCCAUUUCAAUUGAACAUAUUUUAUUGCUUCACCAUGGACUUGCUGGAGGAAAGAACACAAACUACAGCCUGUUGUCAUAUUUAGCAUUUCACUGAUUGUGGUAUCUGGCAACAAGCUCGUUGGUUUCGAGGAGGAACGCUAACGUAGCGGACAGUCUCUUUAUUUAUUUCAUAUGGCAAGUACUGACUCUGGGAUCACAGGAUGAGCUGAACAUGUUUUUAGCUAUUCUUUUUUAUAAAAUAUCAUGUUUGGCUCAAAUCUCGUGAUCAGAAGUUGUCUGAUGUCAGGGCGAAUGUGGCAGUAUUGAUUGUCUUAAACACUGUUUAUUCACUGCUUUUUGUUGUCACAGAUGAUGUUAGUGUGCCAAGUGAUCAAAGAGGAAGAGACGGUAAAAAAAGCAAUGCAGGAACUUUUGUGAUUUUAGUGAAUUUUAGUGAAUUUAAGUUGAAUCAUGGAUUUUUGUAUUUAAGCAAAAUGUUACUCGGCUCAGUUCUUCAGCAGCCUGUGUGCACUGAUGAGGAAACCUGAGAAAACGCGGAGCCUGUGUUGUAGUAUAUUCAUUUAAUAUGACUGUUUUUUAAGCACAGAUAACGUUAUCUACAGUGUGUUGUUUGUUUAUUCAAGAAAAAAGGCGUGCAUACAUUAAAUAGAUAAAAAAAAAAAAGUUAAGUCUGGAACUCCUCAGUACUCC